UUCCAUGGGUGGUUUCUCAUCCCCUCUGUGAUUGGUUCAGCAAAGGUUUCUUCUGUUGUAUAAAUAGGGUGGUGGAGAACAUUUUGAAAUAGUCUGUGAAUGCCUAGUGAAGUGGACUCAUCACCAGAAAUCUUCCAACUCCAUAGCUGAUCAGGAUGGUUUGUGCACGUGGCUCGUCGUCGGUUUGCCUGGCCGUGGCCGUCUGCUUUGUGGCGCUUGCAUCGAUAUCAACCGCAUCCACUGCAACGACAUCAUCAGCAUCAACGGAUGCCACCAAAGACAAUAUCGACCGCAACAGCAAUAGCGCUGUCGCUCCGACACCCGUUCCUCAUAAUGAUGAUAGCGAAAUGACAUUGAGCAACAUUCUGUCGAACCUGACGUAUCAUGGUGGCUUCGUGGCAGCAGGGGUGUUGGCUCUGUCGGCGCUGGCCGCCAUGAUCAUGCCCAUGUUCGGUCUGCGCCUCUGCUCACUGAUCGGCACCUGUGAUGCCGUCUACCCCGCCACCAGCUACGCCUCCGGAUACUCCAACGACGCCGCCUAUGCAGGCUACGGUCAGGCUAUGUACUCGCCAUCCUCCUACCAGAAAAGGUCGAUUGAAUACAUCGGUCCUAUAUUGAAGGCUCUCAGCUCGGCUUAUGACAAAUACGGCAAAGCAAGUGCAGUCGCGUCAACCAAGAAAUCAACGUGAACAGGAAUAUAGAUCCAUAAGACUCCACACUUGACUCCAGAAGAGACGAGAAUUCUGAUCGCCUCAGCUGGAUUUAGCAUUAAUUUUAGAUUUACAUGCCUUUCAAUGUUAUUUAUACGUGUAAGUACUGUGAGUAAUAGACUAAUAGACUGUUAAGUAGUUUCUAAAGAGUGGAUAUUUUAGAGAUUUUUAAUUUAUUCAAUUCCAAACAGAACAUCCAAUUUAAGGAUAAGGAUCUUCUUCUUAGGGUGUAGGGUACUCAAUCAAUCAAUCUUGAAUCUAGAAAUAUCUUGAUUUUCACAAAAUAUACAGUUUGAAAUAAUCAAUAAUUCAGAAAAUUAUUCCUUAAAGCAUCCAGGAGUCUUACCAUGGAAUUUCAUCUCAUUUUAUCGUUGUAUAUUUGGAGUGACUAUCAUGUAGUUACAAUAGAUUCCCAGCUAUCAGAAGGGAAUUGGCUAGCGAAGAAUCUGUUUGGCCGCAUUCUCAUUGUAUUUGUUAGAGAUUUCAAACGAUUUGAUUUUAUCCCAUAUGAAGUUGAAAGUUGAAUAAUAGAGGAUAGUACUUAGUAAUGAAUUCCAAGAUUCAUUAUUAAACUUGAUACGAUAAAAUUGGAUUCUCUAAAAAUGUGAACGAAGCUAAAGAAUACAAUUUGUAGACUUUGAACCUAACCGUAGUAAAUAAUUUUCAGACUGAAUAAGGUAUAUUGUGCCACUUCUAUUGUCUCUCGGGAAAAUAAUUUUCAUGUAUAUUUUAUCCAACGGUGAAGGUGUAAGGAAUAGGAUAUGAUAAUGACUGAUAUAUUUUGUUACCCAAUUGUAAGUAGAUUUUAUAUAAAUAAAUACGCAAUGAGCUCCAAAGAAGAGAA